UUUCCCCUCACGCUGGGUUGCCACAGCCCUGGGGGGGCUUCCAGGGGUGCAGCGCCCCGAAAGCUGUGGCUCGGCUGCUGGAUCUGCACUUGCUCAGUGGCUCCAGGACUUUGUGCUCUGAGGAUGGCUCCCCGGCACCUUUUACCAGCAUGAAACUGUGCCUGGAAAUAUUAAUGUGUUUAGCCGCUAGCGGAGGGAAGGAGGAAUUACUAGGCAUAAGCAAAUGCGUUAUUUGUUAAAUUAUGAGCUGAUAAAAAGAGUGCCCGUGCGCAGCGGAGAUGCCACCUUCCCCAAAGCUAUGGACAACGUGACUGUGCGGCAGGGGGAGAGUGCCACGCUCAGGUGCUCCGUGGACAACCGAGUCACCCGAGUGGCCUGGCUGAACCGCAGCAGCAUCCUCUAUGCCGGCAAUGACAAGUGGUGCUUGGACCCUCGGGUGGUGCUUUUGGCCAACACCAAAACCCAGUACAGCAUCCAGAUCCAAGAUGUGGACGUGUACGAUGAGGGCCCCUACACCUGCUCCGUGCAGACAGACAAUCACCCCAAGACAUCGCGUGUCCAUCUCAUCGUGCAAGUGUCUCCGAAAAUCACCGAGAUCUCUUCUGACAUCUCCAUCAACGAGGGCGGCAACGUCAGCCUCACUUGCAUAGCCACGGGCAGGCCAGAUCCAACAAUCACCUGGAGACACAUCUCGCCCAAAGCCGUGGGCUUCAUCAGCGAGGAUGAGUACUUGGAGAUCACGGGCAUCACGCGGGAGCAGUCGGGCGAGUACGAGUGCAGCGCUUCCAACGACGUGGCGGCGCCCGUCGUCCAGCGAGUCAAAGUCACCGUCAACUACCCACCAUACAUCUCGGACGCGAAGAGCACCGGGGUGCCGGUGGGGCAGAAGGGCAUCCUGCUGUGCGAAGCCUCUGCCGUCCCCUCCGCCGACUUCCAGUGGUACAAAGACGACAAGCGGCUGGCUGAGGGACAGAAAGGACUGAAAGUGGAGAACAAAGCCUUCUUCUCCAGACUGACUUUCUUCAACGUCUCCGAGCAGGACUACGGCAACUACACCUGCGUAGCCUCCAACCAGCUAGGAAACACCAACGCCAGCAUGAUCCUCUACGAAGAGACAACUACCGCUCUGACACCCUGGAAAGGUCCCGGCGCAGUGCAUGACGGGAACAACGGUGCGUGGCGGCGAGGCGGCUGCGCGUGGCUGCUGGCCCUCCCGCUCGCCCAGCUCGCCCGCCAGUUUUGACCCGAGAGCCGGCCCGCAGAGUAGUGGCGGCGACGACCACAGCCGGCAAGCGCACGCAGAAAGGAGAGGAGGAAGAAGAAGAAGUGUUCACCGUUUCCGAAAAUAAUCAUAAGAAUUGAGAGAGUAUCCGGCCAGGCCACCCGGGGGAGGGGGAGAGAGGAAAAACACGCAAAAAAAAAUGCAACGGGAAUUUGGAAAGGAGAGAAAAGAAAAAAAAAAAAAAAAAAAAAAUCCCAGGCUUCCUGCUGAAGAUGCAACGCGACCGAGUCUUUUUCUUUCCCCCCCCCCUUUUUUUUUUUUUUUUUUGCCUCCCACCCCUUUUUCCCCCCGUUUUCGCCGCUCUCUGCCGCGGGCCACUGUGGAGGAUGGGCGGGGCAGUUGGGGUGUGGCACUUCCCACCCCUCCCUCCCGCGCCAUAACCCCCCCCCCGCUCCCCCCCCAACCCGUCCCCUUCGCCGCCCCUGCCCGCCUGCUCCCUCCCUCCCGCAGGGACCCCUCCGUCCGGACGCGACGGUUUUUUUCUUUGCCGAGAUUUCCCCGUCUUCUCGUGGACCGUGCCGCCAUUUGUGUUUCUGAAUAUAUAUAUAUAUAUCCAUGUAUACAUAUAUAUAUAUAUAUGUAUAGAUAUAUAGAUCUUCAACAGUUAUCACACCGCCACGAACGGAAAGGGCGGAAGGAGACCGGCGUCGAGCCACGCAUUCAUCGUACCACCCGUGGGCAUCGUGAAUGAUAAGGGGUUCUGAGUCAUGGUUAAUUUUAUUAAUUGUAUUUUCUGGUAUGAACCUAGAACUCUUAGUUCCUAAACAACAGAAAUGCAAAAAAGAAGGGGGGGGGGGGGGGGG